AUGUCCGACGCAGGAUUUACCUCACUAGUGAUUAUUUUAUGUUUGUUUGAUGUUUUUCCUGUCUCAGAUCAAAGCUCUCCUGGAUAUGGUAUGUAUUUGUUCAUUUUCGAUUUUUCUGUUUUGGGAAUUCUUUCUCCUAGUAUAGUUAUUAUAUAUAAUAUGUUUUGUAUACAAUCUCCUUUGUUGGCCUCUGUUACGUCAGGGUUAUUCUAGAAACUUGAAUAGAAUAACAUGACUCGCUGUCGGGUCUGUCGUAUCACUAGGAAUUCCUCUACAAUCAGAAGAAAUGAGUGGAACUCGCUUGACCAAAAGAGCAACAGCUUAACGCGUGCUGAUGCGGUCAAAAAUCGCUUUUUAAAUACUCUAGCUAGCUGCUAUUCAUCGCCUGUAUCCAACACGCUGUAUGAUUUACGAUUCCAAAACAUUUUAAUUGACGACUAGAAUACUGAUUACUGACCCCCUUUUUAAGAGGAAAAUUCAGAAUGUGGCUACAACCGACAAAGCCACUUGGCAAUUUCUUUUUUUUUGAGCGAUUAUGAACCAUUAUCCACGUUGAUUUCCCUGCUUACUUCUUGCCAUUUUUGAGCAAUUUUCUGUUUAUCAGCGCUUGAAUCAGGUUCUUAACCCCUGUUGUCCACAAAGGUCAGCUUUGUCAACCCGUUUUUCUGUGAUCUUGUCUCUGGCACGUAGACUAUUACUCCCGGGUAUGGCAGAGGUACUGAUGAAAAGGGAAUGGUUUUCAGGGUCUUGAGUCUUUUAACAGAGUCAAGGCUUGAAGGCCUUAACCGCACACCUCUAUCCAAAUUUUCUGAGUGUCCCCCCAGUUCCCAGAGUCUCAGACAGUGGGAACAAACAAACAGAGUGGAAUUUCAAUUAGUUUGAUAGCAGCUGGCACGCAACUAAAGAGGUGAAUUGUAAACUGACCCAUUUACAAAGAAAAACAAAGGCUAUUUAAUAGGCGAACAUAGGGAGCCGGUCGCUCUUUCACGCCGAAAUGAUCUCAUUAGGCAGGCAUUCCUUUGCUCGUCAAACAUUCCUGUCCUUCCACCACCCUCACACCCCCGGGGCAUGGAACUGUGGUGAGAUGUGAGAUGGAAGGUUACCGCCGAAACCGCAGCCGCACGAACCAACGGACACUGAGGGAUGAGGGGGGCCAUAGUAAGUGUCCGUAUUAACGAGGUGUCCGUAUUAAGCGAGUUGAAUUUAGAGUUGACUUUAGAGUAAAUGUAAGGGUUUGGACAAGGCAAACUGUCCGUAGUAAUGGUGGGUGUCCGUAAAGCGGGGCUUAGACGUCGAUCCGGAACCGGCAAGACAAGAUAAUAAAAUUAAAUGGAGAGGUUUACCCUCUGCAUGCCCCUAUCGCAGCAGUAGGCUGAUAAACGUCAAGGUUUAUCGUCGUUUUUAUAGCCUUCCUCUAACUUUUUUCAAAGUUAUGUCUCAUUAAUUAUAUUUUCACAACCCAAUUCGAAUAGCCUUUGCCGCUUGAGGGUUUUCAACGUAUCUAUUUUGCAAUAAAGAAUUGGAAAUUAAUUAAGUUGUUUUUAGUAGUGGUCUCUAAUUACGCCCGACUACUCUAAUGUCCAAACGUGACAGCUGAGUCGGCUGAAGAGCAUUAAUCUAUCAGUCUAUGCUGCCUUGGUGUGACAUGAAGCACCUUUUCAAAACUUAAAUGAUAGAUUUCCCUACCCUUUCCUUUUUCGAAUAUUAUAUUUGAGAAAGGGACUUAAAUGAAAAUUCCCUACCCUUGAAAUAUGGGUGAAAGCCUGACACACGCGGGGUGAGGGAGUUCCUUCUCCCCUCGCGUGUCUCCUUCUCGCGCGCCAGUUAUUUCUUGUGCCCACUACUUCCAAGCGCCUGCUACGCAGGCUAAAGAAAUUUUUGCGACAUUUGUAAAAUUUAAAUUUCGCGAUUUUGCAAAAAUUUUGUAUUUUGAAUCAUUUUUAUUAGCGUUUUUGAGUACCACGAUUUACAUUUCAUUAGCAAUGUUAUUUAACAUGUCCUUGAAUUAAAUAAAACGACCUUAUCAAAGAAACAAUAACAACAAACUAAGAAAAACACAACAGCCGGACUAAAUGUCAACAGUAACAACAAAGCAGUUCUCACAAUGUCCACAAGCAGUUCAUGCUUGUACAUGAAUUAUUGUUCUUGAGUAAUUUGACCUCAACAUUCGGUCAACAUCCAUGUGAGUCACUAUAAUUUUCGCGUUAUGUUAUUUUCGCCACACUUCAGGUGACACUUAUUGUUCGCGUCACUUUAAUUUCGCGAUUUAUUCCCCGGAUUUAUUCCCCCCGCAGGGAUUUCGCCCAGAACGCUACUAUCCUGAAAAAAAUGAGGGUCAAUUUAAGAACUACCCGUAGUCUAUGGUUGCCAUACCCCGCGAUACGAGAAACGUGCUCAAGGAACGCUUUAAUCUCUUCCUCAUAGCCUGUUCGGCAGGCGCUGAGACGGUGGGGACAGCGCCGGCAAAGACGUGAGCUCUCAGCUCUUCAUUUCCAACACUCUUCACUAUUUGAACGCGUGUAACAGGCUACUUCCAUCUCGGCAACAGUGAUGACAGGAGGCUGUAUUCGCAGGCUUAUACCAGGAGAGAAUGUUUUGUUUAGGCAACCAUCACCUUUUAGAAUUCUUAACCUGAAACAUGACGAGAGAAGAAAAUCCAGAAAAUAUACAACUUGUUGCUAAGGACAAUUAAAGAUAAAAAGUUGCUUUUUUCUCAACAGUUUUUGAGCGUAAUAAUUACAUCUACAAGUUCGUUUUUCCUGAGGACGAUAAACGCACUUGGUAUGAAGCAGAGACGCUUUGCCAAACAGCAGAAAACGGUCAUUUGACAAGCCUCGUUUCACCCAGUGAAAUCACAUGGGUAGACAGCGUAAUCAAAAAUGUGGUGCCAAGUCAAAGUACAAAGGUAAAAUUGUGGAUCGGAGGAAGCGACCGGAACGUUAACGAUGUAUGGGAUUUCGUCGAUGGCCAACCCCUCCGGUAUAACGUUGUUCCCUGGGCCCCGGGUCAACCCAAGAGACCCCAGCAGCACGUGAACUAUGAAUUCUGUGUAAGCUUGGAAUUUCAGGGAGAACGUUCUGUAUGGUUUGUGGAUGACUGCUUUGAAGCAAAUGGAUACAUUUGUAAGUCUGAUGGUAAGUACAGUGUAAGUGGUGCUCAGUUUUCACAGUCUAUUAUUUGAUCAAACUCAUGUUUGAUCGUCUCACCGGAUACAAUCCGGAUAGCUUUUCGUGACAACAUGAAAAUCUACCCGGUCUGAAUGUUAACAGCACAGAACUGGAACAAUUCGUUCCACACAUCUCGUCGAACACCGCGCAGGAGCGAUAACGACCCACUUUCAAGAUGAUCAAGAUAGGCUGGUAUGGUUUUCGAGUCGGCGCGAACAAGAGCUAUCCUGUAAAGUGUGAACCUGACUCAAUGUAGAGUGUAGUAUGAACAUAGCCUUAAGGGACAAUUAAGCGAUAAAAAGUCCUCAAAGGCUUUCCCUACUAGGCGCCAAUGCAUGUAGUAUACCUUUGUUAAGUGUUACCCCAUGUAAAGGAAUCCAAUACAGUCUUGGAUUCAGGAUACCACGCUAUAAAUUCCGGAUCCCAGGUGCUGAAUUCCAUAUUCUGUUUGUCAGUGUGGAACUUGGAUUCCGGAUUCCGAUCGUCAGUGGGUUCCAGAUUCCUUGAGCUGUAUUCCAGAUUCCAAAGCUCAGGAUUUCGGGUUCCUCAGGAAAAAUUUCCCGGAUUCCGUUAUACGGGGCGAUAAAUGAUUUAGGUGAUAACCAUCAAGUUGUUUUUCCGCAGAACCAGCUGAAAGGUUGACAGAGAAAAGAUUUGGAUACAGUAAGUUUUAUUACAUUGGCUUGUUUUUCCCUUGGGUUUUACGAGAUUCUUGCAAUACGCGUAUUUCUAGUAAAUGGCCGACCAGCCUCACUGCCCUAAAGGGUACUCUGAAAAUAACACAAAGCACAAUAUUAUUUACAGGUUGAAUUACAAAUUUCAACUUAAAAACUAAAUGCAGCACCUUUUAGGAUCAGUACUCAUAUGAGUUUAUGCGUAAUAGACAACAUGAAAUACAGCAUGUUUCGUGGACAAUAACAAGUUUCUCUGGAUUACUCGGCUUACACACUGAAACAUUUUAUUCAACCUUUCACGCAACACUAGCAGCGCGGCUACCAAGUUCAUAUUUUUACGUCAAGUGAACCAAAUGGCGUCGUCGUGAAAGGAUAAGGCUGAAAUGUGAUUGGCUCAGCCGGCAAUGUUUUGCAGUAAUGUAUUGCAGGCCAUGUGCGGUUGUGUUGAAGUGGCAUAUCAUUUCUUUAGUGGUGAAGCGAUAUUAUCUUUAAAUUCCUUUCGAAAGAAACAAGCUGAUGAGAGAAUUAGUUUGUUAUUCAUUCUCACUGACUUUGAAUUGUACCUGUUAUUUUAGGUUGGGAGUGGAAACAGCACAUCUACAAGUUUAUUCCAUUACCGUGGGCUGGCCUGAGUUGGACAGAGGCAGAGAAAUACUGUGAACAAAUAGAGGGCGGACACUUACUAAGCAUCCGAACUCGAGAGGAAAGCCGAUGGGUCACAGAAAGAAUCCGUCAGAUUCGUCAAAUAAUAGGAUUCUCCAAGUUUUGGAUUGGAGCUUCAGAUUUUGGUCACGAGGGAACUUUUCAAUGGAGUGAUGACACCAAUAAUCGUCCUAUAAACUUUACCAGGUAUACGGGAGGGGAAGCAGUAACAUUACAGGUUACAUUCCUAGUCCAUCGCACUGGUGCGGAAGGAAACGAUAGAAAAGGGGCCACAACCUCAGGCCGGAGUUUCACCCGGCUUUUGUGGGGUGGGAUGAUAGGGAUAUUAGGGUCAAAGGGGUCAUAGACACCAAAGAUGACAUGAGAUUGACCGGUAUUUUCUAAGAGUAUUGCCUACUUCUCACUCACUGGGAAAGGUGGAUAGAAAGUGAUUACUGAGGUUGAGGGUCAAAAGGGCUAAAGAUAGCCGAAGGUUACCGAGCCUGCGGGAUGAUAUGGGAGCAUAUACUUUUCCCCCUCCCAGCUUCCACUGGGAUAGAAUAUAUAACGGCUGAGAAGAAGCUAACAGGGAUUUAACCUGAUUCGCCGUACUCAUCCAAAUGGGGUGUUAGUGUCUUACAGCUAGGAAGCGACUUUAAGUUGCAGUAACCGACCAUCUUAUCGAACUCCAGCACCCUUAUCUUAGAUCUUAGCUGUAUCACCAAGCCUACAAGAUGCUAUAAAAAUGGUAUCGUAACCCUCCCAACCCCCCGAAACCUAAUCGAGCCUAUUAUUGGACUUGCUCUGUAACUUAUAUUUUGACGCCAUUUUAGUAGGCUCGAUUACCAGACGCUGUUCCGGAAUUUGAGCCCACAUUCAUCCCCCUCCACGAAAGAGUCCCUUCGGGGGGGGGAGGGGGACAAAGACCGGACCCAGGAGACAGCGGAGAUCGAGCCUACCAUUUUAGCCGCUCCACUCAUUUUUCAAGGGCGUUUUCUCGGUCUGGAACGUAUCGAACCUUGUUUACACAUACCGUAUUUACUCGAUUAAAUGCCGCCCUGGAAGAAAUACCACAGAUGGAAGCCAAAAUUAGCAAUAAACGCCGCAUCGGAAACGCUAAAAACUUAACAAAUGCCUCGGCGUUUAAUCGAAUAAAGACGGUUCGUGAAGUUAAAUCGCUACCUGUCCGCGGACGCCUCAUCUAAUAUGUAAUUACCUUUAAUAAUUGUCAGCUAUCAUUUCUGUUCACCUCACAGCUGGGCAACUGGUGAGCCCUCGGUGCACAAUACAAAUAACCUCAGGGAGGAUUGUGUGGCAAUACAAGCUGAUCCUGAAUGGGGUAAAUGGAGCGACGAAAGAUGCGUCAUUGCGACUCCUUUUAUAUGUAAAACAAGAGGUGAGUCCUUCAAUGUCGUUCUUAGGCCCUGUCCACGCUAAUGCGUUUUCGCUGUCAUCAGAAACGCAUCGAUCGAUUCGCGUUCACACUGUCGUCUUGAUGCGUUUUUUCGACUGUCCACACUAAAACUUUCGAAAACAGUAGAAUUGCACGUUGUGACGCACGUUGAGCUUUAUACGCCUGCUACAAUCACACACGCCUGCGAUAUUUUCAGUCAUCGUUUUCAUUUUGAUGCGUUUUCGACCGAUAAUACGUUAUGGAUGCGUUUUCAUUUUGAUCAUUCACUUUCAAGAGCGUUUUCAAACCGAUGCGUUUUCGAUGAAAAUGCUCAGAGUAUUAGGACGGACGGAAGGCCUGAAUGCAUCAAAAUGUACGCGAUUUUAAAGAGAAACGUAUUUGUGUGGACGAGGUUAUAGACUACACCAGGGACCUUCGUUACAAAAACUAAGAAGGCAACGGAAACGUGAACUUGAAAAAGCAACAGACAAAAUCUUAAUCAGUAAACUGACUUAACAAUACUUAAUUAAAAAUUUAGCUGCCCCAAACUAUAGAGGCAUUGAAGAGCUGGCCGGGACUAGGUGUUCCACUCAGUUAAAAGCUUGCAAACGCAAUCCAAGUUUUUUGACUUCUGUAAACUGAAUAAUUUUUCUUAUUUUAGUUAACUUAAAUAGAAAUAGUAGAGAAAAAAUUCUAAGUGAGCGAGCAACUAACGGACACAAUUUUACUUCCGAGUAAACAGCCAAAGAAACUACGUAAAAACAAAAACUACAUAAAACGUAUUUAAAACAACCAGAAUUUUUGAAAAAAAUCUAUUCUCUACAGUUCCUUUGCCCUGUUUUCUUGUGGGUGCUCUUUAAAAGUUUAUUUUUUCUAAGGAACAGUGUAUUUCUGUUUAGUUUGCUCCGGGAAAGCAGACCUGGCCUUCAUACUGGAUUCUUCGUCAGUCAGCGAAAGUGAAUUUCAAGAAGCUAAACGUUUUGUGUUGUCCGUGAUCGAAAACUUCCACAUCUCGGCAAAUGGCACUCGGGUAGGAUUUAUACGGUCUUCUGCAAUAGCUAGUGUCAUAUUUGACUUACAGUUCAGCGCGGAUAACAAUAUUUUACGCUUAAAAGAGAUGGUCGACAACAUCGUUUUUGGUGAAGGAGGCAGCACAAAACACGAACUCGCGUUGCAGUUGGCUCGUGUGAACCUCUUCUCGGCAAAUGGCGGCUCACGACCCGAUGUGCCGAAGGUCCUCAUCGUGUUAACCAAGGGAAAAUCGGAGAACAUUCUUGCUGUUGCGCGAUCAUCCAUGGCAUUGAAGAGAAACAAUGUGACUAUUGUGGUUGUAGGAAUCGGCGAGGAGGUUAACAUAGAGGAGUUGCUAACAAUGGCGUCAACCGCUGGCGAUAUGACUAGGCUGAAUACAUUCAGAGAGCUCAAGACCCUAGUUAGUACAAUGAAGAAUAAAGUUUGUGACGGUGAGUAGUACUUGUAAAAUAGCCUGUUUUGGGCGGUCAAAUUGCGGCGAGCACCCGAAAGUUAAAGAGAAAAUUCAGCAAAACUGUGAAAAGUAGAAAGGAGGGAGGACUGUGGAGAGGGGUUAAUUUUUGCACCUCGAUCCAGUCUCUUCACCCAUAAUCUCAACAUUACCUCGAUCCGUUUUACAGAAAUUGAAGUUCUCACAGCGCAUACCCCUUUCCCAAAAUUUUGUCUUUCAGGCGGCCUAUAUUUGAGGUCGCUAUCAUGUUUAAGAGGAGAUUGGCGUGAUUUAUAUACAAUCAUAUGACAUUCAAUUGAAAGCAAGCAAUCUUCAGAAUGAAGGAUAUGGAGAUAGAAACUCAUGAUAACUUAAUGUAAUAUUUCUACUGCACAUUCAGCGAAGAAAUUUCAUUACCCGGGGUCGAGUCUCGCUUACCGUAAAUGAUCGAUUAAACGGCGCUUAAAUGUGCGGUGCUCAUUCGAGGGCGGCUCUUAUUUCAACUACGGGUAAAACACCGAGGUGAAUUAUUAUAGAGAGAAUUAAGUGAGGCGCGUAUUAGGUAUGCACAAUUUAAUAUACCCUUAUUUCGAAUGAAAUGCAAGAUGUAUCGUGAAAGCAAUUUUGAAGGUAUUGCUCGGCUACAUGAACCCGGUUUCAAGGGUUUCGCUACAUCAAAACUUUAGAACUCACCAGUUGGUCUCGGUCUUAUUUCUCAAGCGAGAUGGUUUUGAUAUCUCUUUGUAUCAAGCGCCGUAACAAAGGUGUGGCGUUUAUUUGUAAAUACCCAAAUUAACGCCGCGGCGCUUUUUAAAUUCUUUCCGGUAAAGGUGCGGCGCUUAAUCGAUCAUUUACGGUAGGCUAUGUUAACACAAUACCGGAUAGCUUUUGGUGCUGACACUAAAAGUUAUCUGGUAUAGCAUGAACACCUACCCGAUAUGUGACUCCCUACUUUACAGAUCGGUGCGGCGCAGCUCCGUUCCGUCACAGAAAUCGCGCCGCCACAACAGGUUUAUGCGUGUUCAGAGGCCCAAUCCGACAUGAUUUUCGUGGCACCACGAAAAGCUGUCCGGUAUAGCAUGAACACCUAUUCAAUAUGUGACUCACCACUUUAGAGAUGGGCGCGGCGUAGCUUCGCUCCGUUACAGAAAUCGUGCCGAAAUGACCGUUCUCAUAUGUAAACAGAAGCCCUAUUCGGUUAGGUUUUCGUGCCGGCGCAAAAGCUAUCCGGUUAAGUGUAAACAUAGCCUUGGUCUCUGAUUGCUGAAGUGUGAUCUAAUUUCCCUUUUCUAGCCUGCGAACGUAAAUUUUUUCCAGUCGUCGCUUCUCUGAUCUCCACCCAGGUGGAGAGAAGCGACGGCCGGAGCUACGUCUAAGGUCGCAGGCUACCAUUCCUAGAGCUACAACCAGUUGCAAAAAUGUUGAGUCACUUCCACGAAAAGACGACCUUUCUUGCUUCAAAUCGCUGCCAUCCCAUUCAAAGUUGAUAAAGGGUGGAGGGGGGAUCACAAGCACAAGAUCAUGGACAGGCCAUUUAUUCGAAACUACGGUACAGUGUCUCAAGUACUUUUUGCAACUGUUUGUAGAUGAACACUGCCUUCAAAGCGCCGUAAAACUUGAAUUCUAUUUGAUAUGAAUGUUUAUUUUAUUAACCACGGGAUCUUUUCAUUUUGUUCAGAGAUGAUUAAGAAUAUACAGAGCACGGCGCCACAAAACUGAAGAAAAUCCGAAGUAAUAUAUGACGGUAGAUAACUGACACGGAGAGGAAGACGGCCGCAUAACUGCUGACUGUGCAGCACAACAGAAAACUAGCAAACUUAACUUUGUCUAUUUACUAGAUUAAUAUGAAAUUUUUCAUGGUAAAAGCUUAAGCACAAUACGCAAACAAUCUGCUGGAAAUUAAAAUAAACCUCGAUUUCCCGAGACAUUGUCAUCCUUUCCAGUUUUCCAAGUUUUAGUCCUCUUUAUUUUGGCAUUGCGGUAAUUGAGGGUGUGAAUGGGGGUUCCUCGAUAACACUGAACACUUCAUUUUUUGGCUUUGUAACAUAAAACAGUUAAAUUUUAGGCAUUUGAACACUAACAGUUAAAAAAUUCUUUGAAACAGUAAAUUUUUUCCGGAAAGAAACAAAAACGGCUCCAAAAAGGCCACUAUUAUUUUGUUUGGUGUAUAGAUCAAGGAGUUUUUGGCAAUUUUAAGACAAUUCCGGACUAUUUCAGAAGAUUUCUGAAGG